CGCAGGUUGCCCCGGUGAACCCUCCUCCUCGCGCCGAGGAGUUGGAGCUUUCUCCUCGCGCUGAGACAUUCCCGCCUCGCACCUCGUGAACAAGCACCCCGGUCUCCAGGCGCCAUGAGUAAGUCCAGCACGCUGAGAGUAAAGCGCCUGUUUAAAAUAAAAUCACCUGACAAAGACAGCAAGGAGCGGAAACCGUCAGAUGAAGCCCCGACCAGCCCCCGCGACAAGUCGGGGACCCUACCGGCGAGCCCCGGUCCCCUCAGCCCGGGACACGUCGCCCCAUCGGACGGGGACGUUCUACCCGCCGCGCAGAGAGAGAAGAAGGGAAGGCGGCUGCUGUCGUCGUUCAGGCUGAAACGGAAGAAAUCCAAGCCCAAAGAAGAAGGAGGAGGAGAGGUGUUCUUCACUGAUGAGCUGGACAGCUUCAACAGCAACUUGAGCUUCGACCAGAUCAGUGUUUCCACAGAGUGUAACUUCCGGACUGAAUCCGACUGGGAGCCUCUUUCGGAGUCCUCCUCCAUGAUGAACUUCGACAUGACUCACGGCUCCAAGCACUCCAAGAGCUCGGAGGAGAAGAAAGGAAUGCUGGACCGUCUCAGCCAUUUCUUCAGCUCCAAGAGAAAGAAGAGCAGCAGCAGCAGGCAUCCUUCAGAGGCUUCCUCCGAUGUCAGCUCCCCAACGGGUUCGCCUCAGUCCCUACAGGAGGAGGACGGGCACAAGACGCCGACUGCGUCGAGGAAAGGCGCGCUGAGCAGGAGCUCCAGCCUCAGCAGCUCCAGCCUCAGCGGCUCCAGCGUGGUCUUCCUGCCCACGGAUGGAGCGGAGCUCCCGUUCGCAAACAGCGACAGCAGCGGAAGAAGCAGCGUGAGGGAGGUGCACGUCUGCAGGGUCAGCACGGCUGGGGAUGUGACCCCCACCUCUCCGGACGCGGCUGCCACCCAUCAACCGAGCCCAGAGCUGGGCUUCACAGAGUCUGUGGUGGAGGCCGUGAGUAAGAGGCUGCUCAACGAAGGCGUCCGCGAGGACAAAGAGGGGUCCGAUAAGGACGCACGGUCAACAUUCAACAUCUCCCUCUCCAAGGUGGCCGAGGGCCCCACGUCACCAAACCUCACCUCCAUAAGCUUAGCGUCAAAGACAUCCUCAGUGAAGGUUGGAGAAAAGGGGCACAGCACCACCCUGAGAGGGAUAACGUUAGGCUCGCAGUCCUCCCCCUCACACCUCCCCAACACCCAAAAGGAAGGCGGGGCUCCAGACGCAGCAAGGGAAAACAAGAGGAGGGGUCGGUUGUUCACGUCCAACAGCACAACAGAGAGCGAGCCAGCGCCCCGAGGUGGAUCUCCCACCCAGCUCCACAAAGCCAUAUGGGUGGAAACGCACCUGGGGCCGGAGGAAGAAGGGGAGGGGGAGGGCGAGGGGGAUGUAACGAAACAAGAGGAGCAGGACUUCAGAGCGGACUCGCCUCCCGUCCUGGCGAUACCUGUUACAGUGAUUCCUGAGGACGACUUGUUCCCUGAGGCCUCUGCCCCCUCAGAGUCCAGUGGCAGCUUGCCAGAGUCAGCCCGCUCCUCAGAAGCGGCGGCAGGCCAGUUCCAGCCCGCCCCCCCGCAGCCAGGAGAGCCUGAGGCAGAUACCGGCUCCAAGCCACUCAGCGAGAAACACGGAUCCAGAGAAGUUCGAGUGACGCGCAAGACUGUGAACCUGCCUUCAAAACACAAGGUUUUUGCCGAAAAAGUCCAUGUUACCCCGGAGACGGGUUUGGACGGGAUCGAACCAGCGGAAGAGGAGCCGAGCAGAGAUUUGUCUACAAAGACUACAGGCACAGCGGGAGGGAAAGUACUCCAAAACAACAAUGUAAAACUCAAGGAAGCCAGGACUGAGCCAACCACAGACGGGACAACGCACACUCCCACAAAUACUCCGGAAAUCGUUGUUGAGAAAAAAACUAACUUCGAGGCCACAAACUUUGACGAUACUUCUGCGACUUCAGACAUGCACAGAACAAAGUCCCAAGCAGUGCGGUCUGGGUUGAGAGGCCAAGACACCAGCCAGGCCAUAGCUUCUAAACCAGGGCUCAAAGCAGCAGUAGCAGAAAGUGAGCAAAGCACGUCCAGUGCAGCAAGGACCCCGUCAUCCGCCGGCAGCAAGGCCAAAAAUGGAACCACCAAGGCUAAGGCCACUGCAGAAAGCACAAGGGUGCGAACUUCCAGUGAUACGCCACCACAGAGAGAACCUAGUAAUGAUAAAAUCGUUUCUUUGUUACCAUCAUUAAAGGAUCAAAGCCCCAGUCCCUCUAGUUCAAAGUCUAAAAUCCCCAAGAGGUCAGCAUCAGAUGCUGAUGUGAAAUCGCCAGUGACGCCAGAUAAAGCCUCGGUGCCAGACACUUCCAAAGUGCAGAAACUACCCAGAAGCAAAGAAGCUUUAAAAUCCCCCCUUCCUGCCUCCAAGACCAGUAGAAAACACAGUUUUGAAGAGAAAGCUCUGUCAGGAGAUAUUUCCCCCACGAAAACACACAAGAUAGGAACAAAGCUUAUUAAUGAAAAAACGCACAAGGGCCGUGACCCUAUAAACCUGGUAAAUGGUGAGGAGAGUCAUAUUAGACCAGGACCCCCAACUGACAGAGAGGGCCUUGGUGACCAAAAACAAGGGGAAAACCGCGUGGACGAUAAUGUCUCCUCGGCGUCAAAGAGUCGUUUGCCUGUUUCAUCUCCGACAAGAAAGAGGAACGACGAGGUGAAUAAAAAUGAUGAAAAAUCGACAUCUAGUCAGACGGAUUCAGACGGAUCCAACAGCAUGCCGAAGCCGAGUCCAGAGCUCCCCGGAAGUCCCAAGAAAGGAAGCAUCCUGGGUACCAAACCCCUCACUAAAAGGAGCACUAGCCAUGAAGAGAGGGACACGCCAACCGGGUGUGUCACCCCACCUCCCACCGAGCAAGGCACAAAUGUCUCAUCAAGGCUCUCCAAGCAGAGCGACAACAUUAAGCUGCCCAAAGGUCCAGUAAAGGAUUCCCCUGAUCCCUCAUCAUCUGUCAGCAAGCUUACUACGAAGGGUCAGAGAAGCUUCAGCAAAGAAAAGCCCAGAAAACUGUCAUCUGCUGAAAAUUCUGUAAGCACAUCUACAUGUAAACAGGAGGACUCGAAUCAGGGCACCAACACGGUAACAGCUGAGACAGCGUCUGAGAGUGGCAGUGCAGACAAAGGGAAGGACGAGGCUUGUGGUGACACACAUGAAGUCAAGUCUCUGUCUCCAAAGGAACAACCGCCAGUAAUCGAACUGACAGACAAUCACUCCAGGACCAGGGAAGGCAAGCUGAAAGGAAAAGAAUUACAAGAGAGCACAACCAGUCUAGAAGCCGAGGGGAUUAAGAAAGUCCAUCAAACGCAUAACAACAACGCUAUUAUUUUAGUGAAUGUUUCCCCAGUUGCUGAGGUGUCGCCGCGCAGUGAGGUUCCCGAGGCAAGUCCAUCACAGCCGCCGCUCACCCCUGUGAAGGAUUCCAAGGUUGAACGCCAGCUGGAGACCAAACAACCAACACAAGUUGAGUGUCAGAUUCCAAAGCAAAACACCGAAAAGGAACUCGAAACAUCCAUUUCACCAAAGAUUUGUCCAGCAGAAGUAAAAGAGAAAGCACUUUUAAAGACUACAAAGCUAAUAAGUAACCCUAAACCAGAUCUAAUCCAGGAGAGAGGAGAGACAGUAACUGAUACGUCACCCAAACCGGUUGUGGUUGAAACCCUGCACAGUGAUACAAUGAGCUCAUCUGAUCAGGAAGGUGUUCCCCUCAAAGAAACAAAAAUGGUCCCAUCUGGGGAAUAUACCAGCAGCAAUAGCCUCCCUGCUAAAGAUCAGGAUGCUGAGCCAGCAGAUAGCACUUUAGCCACUUCCAUUGCUGUGUCUGCAGAGUUGUUGGAGGAUCAAACCACUAAUAUCAUUCUUAAAAACCAUGGAUUCAGCAGAGAUUUAGUAAAAGAUUUUGAGGUUGAAGAGAAAAGCAAAGAGGAGGAUGGCAGGAAACCAGCACAGGCUCUGGGCAUUCCAACACAGACUGGGACUGUUUGUGAAUUUCCAAAGAAUGUUGAACAUCAGCUGGACAAAGAGUCUCUUUUACUGUCAGGAGAAUUUGAAAAACCGAAGAAAGACUCAGCGGUGGAAAGCACCGACUCACAGGGCAGUUGCAAAGGGGAGCUAGAAGGCAUACCUAUCAAAGAUGAAGAGGGGAAAGUAACUACAAAAACAGGUCCGUCCUCAGGGGGGAAAUGUCUCCAGCCUGACUCAGAGGAGGCACCGCAGGCCGAAGGUAUGGAGGCCGUGCAGGAGAAGGAGGCAGAGCAAGCAAGAAGCUGUGAAAAUGUGGCCGGCCUGGUUGACACCAAGCAGGAAGCUGAGAUCAUCUUAAGAGAAAAAGCAAAGAGUGGUGAAAAGGAAGCCGAUCAGCAGCUGGAGACACCAACAGUGGAACCCAAAGUACUUCUUGCUAAAGAUGAGGAGGUCAGGGAUGAGGAAGCAACGCUCUCACCAGAACCGAAAGCUGUAAGCACUAGAACUACUACUCCUAAAGACGAGAGUAAAACAAAGCAAACGCUGGUGAAGAAAUUACCCAUCGAGACGACUGAAGUCAGGAGCCACGAGGAGCGGAAAACCGGGAUUGCAAGACAGCAAGGUGAGAACAUUACAAACAGAGAAGCAGUGGAACAUGUCAAUCGUUCAACAGAGGCUAAAGGAGAAGCUCCAGAGAAGGAAACAGAAAGAGACAUUUUACAGAUGGAUCCAAAAGCAAAAAGCAGUGAAACCCAGAGGGCUGAAUGUGCUAAAGAAGACACUGAAACAAAGGAUGUUUCUGUUGAGACUGGCAUUGCUAGUGCUAGCAGUGAAGUUAGCCUUCAACAGGAACAGAUGUCCAUAGUGGUCGGGGAUCAACAUGAGGAAAUAAACCAACAACGUAUGAGCAGAUCAGAAGCUCCAGAGAAGAUAUCACAAAGCCAAAUUCAAGAACUGACGUUUAUGAGGACUCAAUGUGCAGAGGGAGCUAAAGAAGAGACUGAACCUGAGGCUUCCCCACUGAAGGCUUUGGUGAGUGAGAGUGUGAUCAUACAUUCUGACAGUGAUGUUGGCACCCAACAUGAUGAGAACAUAAAAAACAAGUUAACGGAGACCAAACCCACAGAUUCUAAGCUCGAACAGGCCCCAGUGACAGUAAGAACUACAGUUCAAAAAGAGACAAUGGGGAGACAAGAUUUAAAAGCAGAUCCAACUAGAGAAGCCCCAUCUAUGAGCACUGAGGAGGAGAAAAAGGCUGAAACAAAGGAUCCAUCAGUGAGCACAGAAAGACACAUUCAAGAACGACAGGUUCCAUCCCCAUUAAAGAGUCAGGGGAAGGAGAGUGUCCAAAAGGAGCCCAAGCACUCAAUCACACACAGUCCUGGGGAAACUGAUCAGUCCACAGAUUUGAAAACUCUCAAUGCUAACCAGGCUAAUGAGAAACCGAAGAACCCAAAAGCAGCCAAAGGGCGCGUAGACGUAGAAAGGAAAUUGACCAAGCAGGAGGAUCAGACCACAGAUUCAAAGAAAGAGUCUGAACCCGAUUUCUUAAAAGAUGCAUCAAUCAGCAAAGGUGUUGGAGAACAAAAGAAGCCUGCUGUUCCAGAUGAAGAUGCUCAGAACAAUGCUGAGGUCACCAAAGAAGAAGCCCAACCAGGUAGCCCCUCCAUACAGGGACAGAGAACCAUAAACCACAGCGACCCUCAGAAGCACACAAAGCCAACACGUGACGGCCAUUCUUCUCUAAGUACGACAGCUGGGCAGCCGGCGGCGUCCACGCGUCUUCAUCCGACAGAGGAGGCUCCGUCGAGCUGGUUGGAUGUGGAGCAUCGGAGGCACAAGAAGGGUCACAGGAGGAAAGACCUCAAGGCCUCAGCCAGUGAGGAUGAAUAUCUUGAGCCAGAUGACAUUGAUGAUUUUAUCAGGAGCGUUAAGGACAGCGUCCCCUUCUCACUACCUCCAAAGAGACACAUUCCUAAAAAGUCCCUGUCCCCACCUUUCGCCAUGCCGGCCAUAAAGGAGGACAAUUUUGAGAAAACAUUUGAUCCAGAAGAAUUUCAGUUUGGCUUAAGAAAAAACGGCAAAGGUUUUAGAGAUCCUUCCCCAGCUAUGAUUAUUAAACAAAAGGCGGCUAACAGGAAAGGACGGACCCUGGAAACACGGGCUCAAGAUAAUGCUCCGGGGGACAGGACAUCGCUAGGUGAGCUGGGGGGGAAACAUGGAGUCAAUGACGAGACAAGUACUGAAGCAGGAAAAGACGGGCCACACAACAGAGAAGAGCCUGGGAAGCUGACGUCACGACUUGAAAGGAUGUCCAUCCUCUCCAGCUUACUGAAUUCCCCUCGCGGCCCCAGGAGGACCAAAGAGGAAGCUGCCCCCGCCUCCAAAGGCCCCCGUUCCAACCAGCAGCAGGGCUCGCUCGCAAAGCAGGAGGUUGUUGGUGCACGUGUGCCUGCAGGUAACACGGACAUGGAUCAAAGCCCACGUGCGGCUGGUGGUAUAGGUACAAUUAGUGAGUCAGCACUUAAACCCUCCCCCCCUCCUCCUCCUCCUCCUCCUCCUCUUCCUCUGCCACUCCCGGAGACAAAGCUGCCUGAUCAUUUAGAGACAUUUUCUCAAGGAGGAUCGGUCUCUGAGACCUCACAGGGCUCGACACAGAUGACUAAAACUAAAGUGGAUCCCGGCGGUACUGUGAUGGACCAGGCGUCGACUUUGGGUGUGCCUAAUGUGAAUGUUGGCCUGAAGGGCCCCCCAGGACCGCCUGUGGUGACAAGCAGCCAGCAGGGGCCUGGAAAAGGACGCACUACUUCUAAGCCUAAGAUACCUGCAGUGAGAGGGUUCCACAAAAGGCCCGGAAAGAUGGUUAUUCACGAGCGUGCUCAGUUCGAAGGGCGGCCGGUUGAACUGCACUGUGAUUUAGAGGAUGCUACCACCAUGAAGCUGUCCCCGGUCAUCUCAGUCAGAGUUAUCAGAGGAUGCUGGCUCCUCUAUGAAAAACCGGGCUUCCGGGGCCGCAUCAUCGCCCUUGAGGAGGGGCCUAUGGAGCACAUAGUGAACAUGUGGGCAGAGGAGGGGGCUCCAACCACACCGGACGAGGCGGGUCAGCCCAUACCCACGGCGCCGAUGGUCAUCGGCUCUAUUCGAUUGGCAGUUAGAGACUAUAGCCUGCCCCGCAUCGACCUGUUCACAGAGGUGAAUGGCCUGGGGAGGAUGUCGUCCCACUGUGACGAGGCUGUAGAGAUCGGCUCCUACGGGGUCCCACAAACCACCGGCUCCAUCAGGGUUCAUUCUGGAGUCUGGCUGGUGUACGCUGACCCAGGCUUUGGGGGUUUUGUUGGAGUGCUGGAGGUCGGGGAGUACCCCUGCCCACAGAACUGGGGUUUCCCUGAGCCCUUCGUCGGUUCCAUCAGACCCCUCCGACUGGGACAAAUAAGGGUGGAGUAUCCUCACGAAUUGAAGGCCUUGCUGUUUGAGAAGCCUAAUUUCGAGGGAGCGUGCACAGAAGUCGACAGCGACGUGUACAACUUGCAAGAGGAAGCAGAGGAGCAAACGAAGAGGACGCUGUCUGCAGUGGGGUCUUUAAAGAUACUUGGCGGUCUCUGGGUGGGCUAUCUGGAAGCAGACUUUGAAGGCCAGCAGUACAUCCUGGAGGAGGGGGAGUAUCCUCACUGCAGUGACUGGGGAGGGUCUGAGGAUGGGCUGCUGUCACUCCGGCCUGUAUCCCCAGAUUUCCAGUCCCCUCACGUGAAGCUGUUCAGUGAGCGUCACUUUGACCAGCUGGGGCUGAAUACCGACCUGCUGGGUCCCGUCCCCAGCAUGGUGGACUUCAGCCACGCCGGCAAAACGCAGUCUGUCAACGUCAUGCGUGGAGUGUGGGUGGGGUUCGAGAAGCCCGAUUUCAGCGGAGAGCUGUACGUCCUGGAGAGAGGCCUGUAUGCGGGGCCAGAGGACUGGGGGGCCGCCAACUUCAAGAUCUCAUCCAUUCAGCCGGUCUUCCACGACGCUAUGAUGGCAACAACAACGUUCAAGAUACAGCUGUACUCUGAGGCCGACUUCCAGGGAAGGCUGCUGGUUCUGGAGGAGAGCACAGCUGCUCUGGAUGACGACUUCAUACCCAAGUCCUGCAAGGUGCUGGCUGGCAGCUGGGUGGCAUAUGAAGGAGCUCAGUUCUCAGACAACAUGUACGUGCUGGAGGAGGGGAACUACCCGGACACGGAGGCCAUGGGCUUCCUGUCCUCAGACGCUGCCAUUCGCUCCACACACACCGUUGGACAUGAGUUGUCUCUGCCCUCCAUCACCUUGUUUAGCAAGGCGGGCUGUAGAGGACGCCGGGUGCCGUUGACGGGUGGAGUGGUGAACCUGCUGCAGGCCGGCCUGGACCCCCACACCCGCUCCGUGGUGGUGGAGGGAGGAACGUGGGUGUUGUACGAAGGCAGUAACUACCGCGGCCACCAGCUGCUUCUCCACCCGGGGGAGGUGGCUGAUCUGUGGCAGCUCAGCGGCAGGCGGCAAUUAGGAUCCUUACGUCCAUUACUCCAGAAGGAGAGUUGCGUCCGCCUGCGCAGCGCGGAGACGGGGGGCCUGAUGUCCCUGACUGGGACUCUGGAGGACGUGUCUCUGAUGAGGGUUCAGGUUGUGGAGGAGACGGGAGGCUUGGAGCAAGUCUGGGUCUAUCGAGACGGGCUGCUCGCCUGCAAGCUGGUGGAGGACUGUUUCCUGGAGACCUCAGGCAGUAUGGUGAUGGAGGGCAGCCGGCUUCGAGUCACAGCGGAGCGAGGCGAAGGCAACCACCUGUGGAACAUCAGCCCAGAGGGACGCGUGCACUGUCACCUCAAACCUGCCCUGGUGCUGGAGGUCAAAGGCGGUCAUCAGUAUUGCAAGAACCAGGUGAUCCUCAACACAAUAGAUGAGAAAAAGUCCAACCAGAGGUGGAGCUUGGAAGUGCUGUGAUGGGCCUCGACCUGCCGGUUUUGCCACUUUAUUUUGAACACUAUUUAACAGAGACUCCGUGUGGCCCGGGUUCCAUGCUGCAGGCUUCUCUUUACUUGGUGAAUUUCUAGUCUAUGUUUUUCUAAUGUCUGUUUUUAGAUACAUAUGAAUGUAUGGAGAAUAUUGACAUCUGCAAUAAGAAGCCCCCUGUGUCUAAACUCCAAAGAUUUAUGUAGAUGUUUCCUUUUUAGUGGCUACUGUGGAUUGAAAUACCUUUUUAGGGUUUUAACAUUUUUACACAUACUGCGUAAGUUGUACAUAAGCAUUGAGCGUAUAGAUUUGAGUGUGAAUUUCAUAUCAGAACUGCACAGUAAAUUCUACCCACUGAGGAUUGUAAAUAUUUGAAUGUAAAAGAGAAAACUGUUGCACAUGCAAAAUAGAAUGUCAAUGUGUGAUUCUGUCUUUUUAUAGAAAAUAAAACAAUCUUUCUUUGGACCCGA